AUGGUGGAAACGCUGAGCGUCGCCGUCCUGGGGGCCCCCAGGGUGGGCAAGACUGCCAUCGUUCGCCAAUUCUUGUACCACGACUUUACAGAGAAAUACAGCCCCACCGAGGACCGCUACACCUACCGGCCGUCAGUUAUGCUUAACGGGAAUUCCUACGACCUGAAGAUCAUGGACGUCCCCUACGUAAUGGCUUUUCCUGCCAACAGUUCUCAGGAGUGGUCAGACCUCAAGUGUCGGGGCCUGCGAAACACCGAUGCCUACGUCCUGGUAUACGACAUCUGCAGCCCUGAAAGCUUUGAAUACGUGAAAAUGCUCCGUCAGCAGAUUCAGGACAACAGGACAAGCAACAUCAGCGAAGCCCCCAUCAUCGUGGUGGGGAACAAACGGGACCUGCAGCCGCAGCGCUUCACAUCCCGCCGGACACUCUCCAUGCUCGUGAAGAAGUCCUGGAAGUGUGGCUACGUGGAGUGCUCGGCCAAAUACAACUGGCACAUCGUCCUGCUCUUCAAAGAGCUUCUGUGUAGCGCCGUGGCCCAUGGCUGCAGAAGCAACCACUCCACUGUGCGCCUCCAGGGGGCGCUGCACACAAACAGGUGCAGCCUCAUGUGACCCAGUGCGGCCAGCCAGGGGGUGGGGUGGGGAGGCGAUGCCCCGAGCAUUCAUCUGAAAACUUGGAAAGCCGACGUGGCGAGAGAAUCGCGGCCACCAUGAUGGUCGUGCAAAAUAGCUCCCGGCUCUAUUGAUGGGAGUGGAGUGACCUCCUUCUGGAUUGGUGUUAAAGGAGUAAAGCGUGCAAUGGGUGGAGUCAACCCGUAGUCACGACUCAAAGCCUUUUAGCCACACGCAACACAUCUUGCACACAUCUGGGGUUCAAGAAUUCGAACAAGGCUCCACUAGCUUGCCUCUGCCUGGUUCCCCCAACAGCAGGCUGACCUGGAACUAGCAUUUUCCAUUCCCCACAACGUUAAAAUGCAAGGGUUUUUGGAUUUCACAAUACUAUGACCCCGUGAAACAAUGAAUUAAUUUGCACAACCUUCCCCUCCCCCCAAGAAUUCACAAGCUCAUUGGGUUGGGUGAGAAAUAAAUAGUGCACUGACUAAAAGAGAACUAACAUUCAUCCUAGUUUCUAGUUACUUGGGUUUGCUUUUAUCAGCCGCAUUCACUUUUUUCACCCAACAAAAGCUUUCCUAUUUUGAAAGUCCAGAAAUUUAAAACCACGGAUACAAAUAUAAAUGUGUUGACAGAUAAGUGACAGACUAUUCCAUGCCACUAAAGGUGUCCAGGAGGGCUCAAAAUGUCCAGCGGGCACUCAAGACUAUUUGAUUGAAGCUUUACAUGUGUCCCUCGUGCAACGCUUGUAAGAAGGGGGUGGACAUUCAAUGAUGUAGUCAUGGCUGCCGUGUUGACUUGGGGACCCAACGUGCCAACCUGGAAUUUCUGCUCAAUGGAGGGUUUUGACAGACGGAUUGGCCAUCACUCAAAACCCGCUCCAAGCCUUGCUUCCUGCUUUGGCCAGGCCAGGCUGCUGCUUGGAUAUUCACAUUGCCUGUGUGAAUCUGAUCAGUUUUAAAAACAUGAUUCUGCUGACUUUAAGAUUUGUGACCCUCCCCUCUAAAUUGUUUGAGAUCUCCAACAGGGGCCACGACUCUCACCCAGCAAAACCCUAGGCCUUGUGGGAAAACUAACUUCCCAGAUUCCCAGAUAACCUCCCAGAUUCAGCUGCCAGAAAAGCAGGUGGGUUGGGGCGGGUGGGGGGAAUCAGCUUCGCUUGGAGUCCAUUUCCAGCAUUAACCUCUGAGCAGACCUUCUGGACAUCUGAGAGACGAUUCACUGAGCCGGAUGAAGUCUCAAUUCUGUGCAGAAUCGCUUCAAUCAGCCUCAGCGAAACAGAGGCCCAACAGUUAAACAACACGUUCAGAAAGCAAGUAGGUUCUCAGCAGCAAAGGCGCGCUUGUCACUAGAUCAGCUAUCCCAGAGAAAAUCUGGCACUCUACACGUAUCUCAGAAGAACAAUGGCAUGAGAAAGUCCCCAUUUCAAGGUCUUGGACAGAUAAAGAUUCGGGUGUGACCGUCUGACUAAAGCUGACACCUGCUGGACUCUCACCGUGGGCCAAAGCAGAAUUAUUUCCCUUCUCGUGGCUUAGCCCAUCCCCACCGUGGUCUGUAAAUCAGGGGUCAUGGUUUCAUCUUUGGUGUGAACCCUGCCAAGUAAGUUUAUUUAGCGAGCCCUGGGCAACCAAACCUACAUGAAGUUCAGUGGGCCAUAUUCCAAACUGCUAGAAAGCCUAUCCGACUUGCAUAACUUGGUACAUGGUUAAAGGCACAUGCUGCUGGAGCCCAGGUGCCAACAGGGUGCCAAUGUGCAGUGUUUCUAAGUAGCCACAAUGAAGGUGAAAUGAAUGUCCCACACCCAAGCACAUGGCAUGUCACAUGAUGGAAUGAGUCACAUCUCCCUAAACCA